AUGCCGGUUCUUCGACCAGGUAAAUUGAAGACGAUAAUCUCGGCCACGGGUGCGCUGCUACUCAUUUGCACCGUGUAUAUCUAUUGGGCCCCGCCUCCAGCCUCAGUAGUCCCUAGCACCGCCUUCGAGGUCCCUCUCGCCGAACGUCAAAAUGCUUUUUGGAAGGUCUUGAACCCGAUAUUGCAAGGACAUGCCCCAAAUACUCCUACGCCAAAGCGCCUGGCGGACGUAAGCGCAGUUCACUUCAAUGCUACGACGACCGAUUCGCGACCUGAUCUGACCAUAAUCGAGGAUGGCGAUUUACAAGCGAUGGAAGAGGCUCAUGCGGGAUAUAUUGAGGAGUGUCGUAAGUCGGAACGGCUGCGGCCAGUACAUACUCCGGGCACGCGUGGCAUAGUGUCCACAGCGGGGGCUUCCUAUUUUCCAGUUUUCUUGUCUUCUCUACGAAUGCUUCGACGACUGGGGUCAACGCUGCCGGUGGAGGUGUAUAUGAAGGAUAAAAGUGAAUAUGAAAAACAAAUUUGCGAUGAGAUCCUACCGGAUCUGGGUGCGCGCUGUCUUGUUCUCUCGGAUAUCGUUGGCAAGGGAGCCAUUGAGCAUUACCAGCUCAAAAUCUUCGCAGUUCUAUUCUCCUCGUUUGAAGAGGUUAUCUGGAUGGACGCAGACUGCUUUCCGCUCCACAGGCCUGAAGUUUUGCUCGAGUCGGAACCAUUCAGCUCCAAGGGGUUGGUCACCUGGCCGGACUUUUGGAUCUCCUCGGCGUCUCCGCUGUACUUCAAAAUCUCGCGGCAGGAAAUGCCAGCGCUGUCGGAGCGCGCGUCAUCGGAAGCGGGCGUCUUUCUGGUAUCAAAGAAGACACAUCAGUUGACCUUGCUCCUCGCUGCUUACUACAACUACUACGGUCCGUCACAUUAUUUCCGGCUAUUAUCGCAAGGCGCACCGGGCGAAGGCGAUAAGGAGACCUUCCUUCAUGCUGCCACCGCCGUCGGAGAGCCUUUCUACGCUGUAAGCGAGCGGGUUCAGGCAGUUGGUCAUACGAAGCCGGGCGGUAUUGCGGGCUCUGCGAUGGUGCAGACUGACCCAGCCGAGGACUAUGCGUUGACCAGUGCGAAUAAAUGGCGCGUGAAAGAUGAGUCUGUGGCGAAAGCCCCCCAUGCUUUCUUCAUCCACGCCAACUACCCCAAGUUUAAUCCUGGUGAAAAAGUAUUUGGCAUGAAGUGGGAGACCACGCCGACGCUCCGCCCCGAUGGCACGGACGGACGGGCAUGGCUGGCGGCAGAGUCUACUGUCCAGCGAUUUGGAUACGACGUCGAGAAAGCGUAUUGGGAGGAGAUCAAAAACAUCAGUUGCGAUCCCGCCAUCAGCUUCCGAACAUGGGAGAGGAAGGAUGAAAUCUGUGACCGGGUAGAGAGCUACUGGGCGAAUGUGUUCGCCGAGCCGCAUGAUGACGACCCCAAGUUCACUGACGAAAGCUGAAUUGGCCGCAUUGUACUGCGAUGCUGGCCUUGAGCCAUCACUGGGUAACUAGUUACGCCAUGCUGUUUAUGAUCGACACGGUUGCUUAUCAGCAGUAUUGUAUAUAAUUUUCUGUUCUUUUUCUGGUUACAUAUUC